AUGUCCUAUGAGGCUAAACCACUGACAACAACCUCUGUGGCGAAAGCUGGCACGAGUGAGGAAGAGCAACAGACUCAGUCAAUGAUGUAUGCGGCUCGAAUGACGUACUUGGACAACUCGGAGCAGCGAUCACCCGAUCCGAUGUUCCUAACACGCAAACAAGCUCAAAAGAUGGCACAGCAGCAACAAGAGGGGUUGAAGAUGCCCUUCAGGAGGCUCGAGAAGAUGAAUACUGCCAGAGCAACCAACGGACCCACCGUCAUCAGCUGGAAAAAGAGCAAAGCGGCGAUGGCAGCGCUGGAGAAACACAAGACAUGGAAGCCACGCUUCCAAGCAGGGUGUCAUUUCUACGAGUGUGUUGAAACAGGAGAAUGCCGAGUGUAUCCACAGGGAAAUCCAGCUCUUAUGCCUUCCGACGAGAACAAGAACGAGGCUGACAGUGACGAUGACGACCCACCUUUCCCAGACAGCUUUGCAUUUCUAAAUGACUCUCGCAAAUAG